UCACAAGUGUCUCUGCCAUUUAGAGUCACCAGCUCAUGUCAGGAAUGUCCGUCCCCUGCGCGCACGGAUCAUGCACUGGAUGCUCCCACUUUAUUUUUAACCCGGCAGGGUGGGUCAGUGGCUGGCUUUCGGGAAUGACCGUGGAGCGCGCGGCGCCUUCAGCCCCUCUCCCUCGUCCCGCGUGCAGGACCGUGGCCUCCUCCUCCUCUUCCUCCUCCUCUUCCUCCGCCGUCCGCUCCGACCUGGACCAGGACCGCCGCGCGUCAAUGGGAUUAUAAUUGGUUUAUUGGCAGGGGAGAAGAAGUCGAGGUAUAAACACUUUGGGACAGGACAACAUCCAGAGGCGAGCUACCUCAAGUGUUCCAGACCCCUCCUGCCAUUUCCUCCCCCUCCGCUCAUCCCCCCUCUUCACCCAGAGCACCUGAGGACGCCGGCCGCCGUCCCGUCCCCCACCUGCUCGCCACGCUGGCUGCCGCCAUGACGUCCACCACGGACUUUGACAAUGCGGAGAUCACGCAGCAGUACAGCCGCAUCAACACCCGCUUUGACCUCCCCGAUGGAGAACUCGACAACGACAACAGCUCUGCCCGGCUGUUCGAGCGCUCACGCAUCAAGGCCCUCGCAGAUGAGCGCGAGGCGGUCCAGAAGAAGACUUUCACUAAAUGGGUCAACUCCAUCCUGUCGCGGGUCGGCUGUCGCAUCUCCGACCUCUACCUGGACCUGCGGGACGGACGCAUGCUCAUUAAACUGCUGGAGGUGCUGUCCGGGGAACGGCUGCCAAAACCAACGAGGGGCCGGAUGCGUAUCCACUGUUUGGAGAACGUGGACAAGGCUCUGCAGUUCCUCAAAGAGCAGAGGGUCCAUCUGGAGAACAUGGGUUCCCACGACAUCGUCGACGGCAACCAUCGCCUCAUCCUCGGCCUCAUCUGGACCAUCAUCCUGCGCUUCCAGAUCCAGGACAUCGUCGUGGAAACGGGCCAGGCGGACCAGAAGGAGACGCGCUCAGCCAAGGACGCUCUUCUUCUGUGGUGUCAGAUGAAAACUGCAGGAUAUCCCAACGUCAACAUCACAAACUUCACCACCAGCUGGAAAGACGGCAUGGCCUUCAACGCUCUCAUACACAAACACCGGCCAGAUCUCGUGGACUAUAACAAUCUGAAGAGGUCCAACCCGACCCACAACCUCCACAACGCCUUCAACGUGGCAGAGCAGAGGCUCGGUGUGACCAAACUGUUAGACCCAGAAGAUGUGUUCACAGAGAACCCAGAUGAGAAGUCCAUCAUCACGUACGUCGUGGCAUUCUACCAUUACUUCUCCAAGAUGAAGCAGCUCGCCGUCGAGGGCAAGCGAGUUGGAAAGGUUCUGGAUCACGCCAUCGAGACGGAGAAGAUGAUUGAUAAGUACGAGACGCUGGCGUCAGACCUGCUGACGUGGAUCGAGCAGACCAUCAUCGUGCUGAACAACCGAAAACUGGCCAACUCCCUGACCGGAGUCCAGCAGCAGCUUCAGGCCUUCAACACCUACCGCACUGUGGAGAAGCCGCCCAAGUUUCAGGAGAAGGGAAACCUGGAGGUGCUGCUCUUCACCAUCCAGAGUCGUAUGAGGGCCAACAACCAGAGGGUCUUCACGCCUAAAGAGGGGGCCCUGGUCGCAGAUAUCAACAGAGCGUGGGCGCGUCUGGAGAGGGCGGAGCACGAGCGCGAGCGCGUCCUGAGGGACGAGCUGAUCAGACAGGAGAAGCUGGAGCAGAUGGCGAGAAGAUUCGACAGGAAGGCGGCCAUGAGGGAGACGUGGCUCCUGGAGAACCAGAGACUAGUGGCCCAGGACAACUUUGGUUACGACCUGCCGGCCGUGGAGGCGGCCAAGAAGAAGCACGACGCCAUCGAGACGGACAUCGCAGCGUACGAGGAGCGCGUCAAGUCCCUGGUGGCCAUCUCGAGGGAGCUGGAGUCGGAGCGCUACCACGACGCCAAGCGGAUCGACGCGCGGAAAGACAACGUCCUGCGCCUCUGGGACUACCUGCAGGAGCUGCUGAAGGCUCGUGGCGGGCGCCUGGACAAGAACCUGACGCUGCAGAGGAUCUUCCAGGAGAUGCUGUACAUUAUCAGCUGGAUGGACGACAUGAAGGCUCGGCUGCUGUCUCCGGACUUUGGGAAACACUUGCUGGAAGUCGAAGACCUGUUACAGAAACAUGCCUUGUUGGAGAAUGACAUUGCCCUGCAGGCAGAGCGGGUGCACAACGCCAGUGCUGCUGCUCUCCAGUUUGCAAAUGGAGAUAGCUACAAGCCAUGCGAUCCCCAGGUGAUCCGGGACAGGGUGCAGCACCUGGACCUGUGCUACCAGGAGCUCUGUGCCCUGGCGGCCCAGCGCAGGGCUCGCUUGGAGCAGUCCCGCCGCUUCUGGAACUUCCUGUGGGAGGUGACGGAGCUGGAGAGUUGGAUCCGGGAGAAGGAGCACCUUUUCUCCUCCCUGGAUUAUGGCAGGGACCUGACGAGCGUGCUGGUGCUCCAGAGCAAACACAGCGCCUUCGAGGACGAGCUCGGGGCCCGCCGCGCCAACCUCGAACAGGUCUUGGCCGAGGGCGGGAAGAUGAUCCAGGCCAAGCACUUCGGCUCCCCUAAGGUCCAAGAAAGCAUGGACGACCUCAGGAGGCAAUGGGAGCAACUGGAGGAGCUGGCGGCAUUCCGGAAACAGAACCUGCAGGACACUCAGAGGUUCUUCCAGUUCCAGGGAGACGCUGACGAACUCAAGGCCUGGCUGCUGGACGCCAAGAGGCAGAUGAGCAACGAGGACGUCGGCCACGAUGAGUACACGACUCGGCGGCUGCUCAAGAGGCACAACGACCUGAGGAACGAGGCGAUCAAGAACGGGGCCACAAUCGAAGCUCUGUCGAAGCAGGCCAACGCGCUGCCAGAGGAGCUGCUGAACACUCCCGACAUCCAGAGGCGUCUCAAAGACAUCAAGGACCUCUACAUGGAACUCUUGUCUCUGGCUGACCUGAGGCAGAAGAAGCUCGAAGACACCAUGGCCCUGUACACCAUCGUCAGUGAGACGGACGCCUGCGAGCUCUGGAUGGGCCAGAAGGAGACGUGGCUGGUGGGCUUAGAGGUGCCGGAGAAGCUGGAAGAUCUGGAAGUGGUACAGAACAGGUUGAGCAUUCUAGCUCAAGAUAUGGCAAAUGUCCAGUCGCGAGUGGACGACGUCAACAAAGCUGUGAAACGCCUCGAGGACAGCAGACACCCUCGCACCAAAGAGGUCAAGGAAUGUCAGACGCGACUGAAUACGAGGUGGGAGGCGUUCAAGGCCAUGGUGGAGGACAAGAAGAGGAAAGUGGAUUCCGCCGUCAGUCUGCACAACUACGGCCUUGAGUGUGACGAGACAGAGGCCUGGAUCAGAGACAAGACGCGGCUGAUCGAGUCCACACAAGACUUGGGCAACGACCUGGCUGCCGUCAUGACCAUCCAGAGGAAGCUGUUUGGCAUCGAGAGAGAUCUAGCCGCCAUCGAUGCCAAGAUGACCUUCCUGAGGGACGAGGCCGACCAGCUGGCGGAGGAUCACCCGGAGAACGCAGCCGACAUCUUGGCGCGCAGAGGGGAACUGGACGCGGCCUGGGACGCGCUGAAGAAGACUCUGAAAGACAGAGAGGACUCCUUGGGCGAGGUCAGCAAGUUGCAGACCUUCCUCCAGGACAUGGACGACUUCCAGUCCUGGCUUUUCAAGAUGCAGAAGGCCGUGGCGUCGGAGGAGUUGCCCGCCACGCUGCCGGAGGCCGAGGAGCAGCUCAGCCUGCACGACGCAGUGCGGGAAGACAUAAGCAACCACGAGGAGGACUAUCACCGCGUGAGGGACACCGGCGCGCAGGUCACGCAGGGUCAGGAGGACGACCCCCAGUACCAGCAGCUGGAGCAGAGGCUGAAAGGCAUGGACCGCGGAUGGUACGAGCUGCAGAAGAUGUGGGACAGUCGCAAGAACCUCCUGGACCAGGGUCUGGGCUUCCAGCAGUUCAUGAGAGAUGGCAAGGCGGUAUCGGCCAUCCUCAACAACCAGGAGUACACCUUGGCCCACAUAGACAAGCCCGACACCUUGGCCGGCGCAGAGAAGGCUUUGAAGAAGCAUGAGGACUUUGUGAGCACCAUGGAGGCCAACGAGGACAAGAUCGACGGCGCCCUGCAGGGCGGACGGCGGCUGGUCGACAGCAACAACCUGUACUCUGAGAAGGUUCAGGACAAAAUGGACUCCAUCCAAGACAGGCAUGACAAAAAUAAAAGAAGAGCCCAGGAGGUGUCCGAGAAGCUCAGAGAUAACCGCGACCUGCAGCACUUCCUGCAAAACACUCAUGACCUGACGCUGUGGAUCAACGAGAAGAUGCUGACGGCCCAGGACACGUCGUACGACGAGGCCAGGAACCUCCACAGCAAGUGGCUGAAACACCAGGCCUUCAUGGCCGAGCUGGCCUCCAACAAGGACUGGCUCAACAAAGUGGACCAGGAGGGCCAGGAGCUGAUGGAGUCCAAGCCGGAGUUUGAGCCCAUCGUGACGGAGCGCCUGGCCAAGCUCCACGAGCUGUGGGACAAACUGGAGUCCACCACCCAGGAGAAGGCGCGGCUGCUGUUCGACGCCAACCGCUCCGAGCUGUUCGACCAGAGCCUGGCCGACAUGAAGAAGUGGCUCGGCGGGCUGCAGCAGCAGCUGCAGAGCGGAGACGAGGACGCCAGGGACCUGACGAAGGCCAACAUCCUGCUCAAGAAGCAUCAGAUGAUGGAGAACCAGGUGCGUGACCGGGCGAGGGAGCUGGAGGAGCUGCAGGAGGCGGUCAGGAGGCACGGCGGCGGCAGGGAGGACCAGCCCGAGCUGGAGGCCGAGCAGCGGGCCCUGCAGAGCGACUUCCAGCAGCUCCUCACGCCACUGGCGCAGCGCAAGGGCAAACUGGAGGCCGCCAAGGCCGUCCACCAGUUCUACAGAGACCUGGCCGAUGAGCUCCUCUGGAUAGAGGAGAGGAUGCCCCUGGCGACGUCAGAGGGGCACGGCCACAAUCUUCAAACUGUGCAAAUGUUGCUGAAGAAGAACCAGACAUUACAGAGGGAGAUCGAGGGCCACCAGCCUCGCGUGGACGAAGUGCUCGAGCGGGGACGGAGGAUGGCGGCCGCCGCCAGCGCCGAGGACAGGCCGGAGGCGGAGCGGAUUGCGGGCCAGCUGACGGAGCUGGAGGAGGCGUGGGCCCGGCUGCGGGACGAGAUGGCCAAGCGCCGGGAGAGGCUGAGCGGCUCCAACUUGGCCCAGCAGUACUACAACGACGCGGGCGACGCCGAGGCCUGGAUCGGGGAGCAGGAGCUUUACAUGAUCGCCGACGAGAAGGCCAAGGACGAGCAAAGUGCCUUGCUGGCGCUGAAGCGGCACAUGGUCCUCAAGCAGGCGGUGGACGACUACGCCGACGCCAUUCAGAAGCUGAACGGCCGUGCCCAGAAGAUGUUUGCGGAGGACCACCCUAAUGGCGAGGGGAUCAUCAGGCGACAGGGCCAGGUGGAUAAGCAGUACGCUGGGCUGCGGGAGCUGGCGGAGGACCGCAGGAGGAAGCUGGACCACACCUUCCACCACUUCCUGCUGAGCCGAGAGGUGGAGGACCUGGAGCACUGGAUCGCGGAGAGAGACAUGGUGGCCUCCUCUCAGGAGAUGGGCCAGGACCUGGAUCACGUCUCGCUUCUGAGGGAUAAGUUCAGAGAAUUCGCGCGGGAGACGGGGAUGGUGGGACAGGAGCGGGUGGACAUGGUCAACCAGACGAUAGACGAGCUGAUCGAAGCCGGCCACUGCGAGGCGGCCGCCAUGGCCGAGUGGAAGGACACCAUCAACGACAGCUGGGCCGAUCUGCUGGAGCUCAUCGACACUCGCGCUCAGCUCCUCACGGCGUCUUACGAACUGUUAAAGUACUUUGACGACGGGAAGGAGUUGGUGGCCCAGAUCCACGAGAAGCAGAACGAGCUGCCCGACGAUGUGGGAGAGGACUUCAGCAAAGCCGAGUCCUUCCACCGGAUGCACGCCGCCUUUGAGAGAGACAUCAGCGCACUCGGCAAACAGGUUCAACAGUUCCAGGAGACAGCCGCCAGGCUCCAUGCCCAGUACGCAGGGGACAGGGCCGAAGCCAUCCAGGCCACGGAGCGGGAGGUGGUGGAGGCCUGGAAGGGCCUGCUGGAUGCCUGCGACGGCCGCAGGGCACAGCUGGUGGACACGGCGGAAAAGUUCCGCUUCUUCACCAUGGUCCGGGACCUGAUGGCCUGGAUGGAGAGCAUCAUCCAGCAGAUCGAGACCCAGGAGAAACCCAGGGAUGUGUCAUCCGUGGAGCUGCUGCAGAAGUACCACCAGGGGAUCCGCUCGGAGAUCGAAGCCAGGGGAGCCAAAUUCAACGACUGCAUAGACCUCGGCAAGACCCUGCUGACGCGGAAGCAUCGAGACGCCGCGGAGAUCAAAGAGAGGCUGGUGCAGCUGAUGGAGAAGAGGAAGGAGAUGAUGUUCAAGUGGGACGACAGAUGGGACUGGCUCAGGCUCCUGCUGGAGGUGUGUCAGUUUGCGAGGGACGCCUCGGUGGCGGAGGCGUGGCUGGUCGCUCAGGAGCCCUACGUGACCAGCAGGGACCUGGGCCGCACCGUGGACGAGGUGGAGAAGCUCCUCAAGAGGCACGAGGCCUUCGAGAAAUCCACCGCCACCUGGGAGGAGCGCUUCUCCGCACUGGAGCGCCUCACCACGCUGGAGUUGUUGGAGCUGAGGAAUCAGCAGCAGGAGAUGGAGCAGUUCAUCAAAGAGGAGCAACGGUCGGAUAAAGACAGCAGGAGAGAAGACACGGGCUUUGUAGAAGAAUCUUCACAGAUCUACACUGUCGAGGAACAAACUCUGUCUGGUUCCGGUGCAGUCGAGCCCAGUUCGUGUCCGCCGGAGGGGACGGCCGGCGACUCCACGGCGCCCGUCGUGUCGGAGAUGAGGGAGAGCGGCUCCCUGGAGCUGGAGUCCUCCGUCUCGUUCGUGACCCCGAGGGAACCGGAGCGGGCGGCCACCAUGCCCGCGGAGCCCCUCCGAGCCCAGGCUGUGCUGCAGGAGGGCACGCUGGGCCGCAAACAUGACGUCGAAGGCUCCGGAAAGAAGGCUUCGAGCAGGUCAUGGAACAGCUUGUACUGCGUGCUGAAGCCCGCUCAGCUCUCGGCCUACAAGGACGCCAAGAGCUUUGGGCACGGAGCGACGUAUCACGGCGAGGACCCCCUGCCCCUCGGCAACGCCACCUGGGAGGUCCUCGCCACCUACAAGAAGAAGAAGCACGUCGCCAAACUACGUCUCGGUGAUGGCAGCGAGUAUUUGUUCCAGUGUAAAGACGAGGAGGAGCUCCACCGUUGGAGCCAGGCCAUGGAGAAGGCCACUCAGCCCCUGGCAGCGGAGGAGGCGUCGGGGCCCUCGGGGCCCUCGGGGGCCAAAGCCCACAGCCUGCCCCCGCCCUCCUCCUCAGCUGGCCUCCCGGAGCCCAGCUCUGCCAAGAAAGACAAGGAGAAGAAGUUCAGCCGCUUCGCCAAGAAGAAGUGAAAGGAGAUGGGAGAGCCACAGGGAGGGAGGGAGGCUGGGGGUUGCCGAGGCAACCUGGAAAGAGAAAGUAGUAUUUGUGUACAAUCAAUCAGAGCUUUUUAUCACCAGAUUAUUUUUUUUUUAUAUUAUUUUGUGAGCGUUAACAUAAAUAUGGUAGUUUUAGUUUUAAGCCGUCACUCCUUUGCCUGUAUUUAAAGACAGUGUAUCAUUGCAAAGAUCCACUUUUUUCUUCUUCUUCGUGUUCUUUUUUUUUUGAACAAAUAAUCAAAUUCAAAGCAUUAAAGACGAAAGCACAGGAACGCUCCGCUCACACUCAACCAAAGAAUGCUUGUAAAACGUUUGUUGUGUUACUUUCAUUUUGAUUUGAUCCGCUUCAGAAAGGCAUGCGUCGAUACACAGCUGCGUACGAUACGAAGGCCUGUAACGAACAUGCGUUCUGAUAUUAAUCUGCCUUAUGAAAUGGUUGUGAACUGUAAUACUGUGCUGAUUGAAUUCGGAGCGAUGAACGCUACUGACACUAGAGUUUGCGUGAAAUGAACGGGCUUUGUAAAUGCGGUGUAAAGACUUGGUGAUGAGCGCGCGCGCACACAGACACACACACACACACACACCAAGUGUAAUUGCAGGUAUGCAAACGAAAUGCUCCGAUGCACUGUGAAGGGUUCGACUGUUGAGAUUUUAGAUUGGUAACCGACAACAUGAUCAGUCAUGUAACGCCACGAGCAGUUUGUUUUUGAAUAUAAGACUGAAUGUUCUCGACUGAAGCUGUGGCAGUAGUUAUUUCUGUGAACUUGAAAUAUAUUCAACACUUGUGUAAUGAAGCUUAAAUUUCAUAUCUAUUGGAUAACAUAUACACAGUAUAUAUAUAUAUAUAUAUAUAUAUAUAUAUAUAUAUAUAUAUAUCUAUCUACAGAUGCAUGAGGUAUGUUUUACGUUAUUAGUUUGAUAUGGUGCUAUUGUGAUAUUCUUCAACCUUGAAUCGAGACAGACUUGACCCGACUUCUUGGUCUUCAACUUUGGUUUCUAGUAAAAUAUGUGAAAAAUGUAUGACCAAUAUCUGAGGGGUGUUUUAUAAAGGUCUUACUGUGACUUAAAAUGCGUAUGAAAAACUGAACUGGGAUUAAUCCCUUUCCUUUGGUCAAGUCCGGAUUAUGUCACAGCUUUCAAACAAAGAGCAGCGUGUUAAUAAACGUGAUACGGGAGUAAAAUAUUCCAGCAAAGUAAUAGUCAUGAAUAAUGUUGUGGGUCAGUGUGAACCAAGCGUUUCAAGUAAUCAUGUAUCAUGCAACCAACUCAGUUUGGUCUCUUUCCGCCUCGGGGUCUCGCUCCUGUGUAGGGGGCCUCAUCUUUAAGCUUUUAUAAAAACACCCCUCUGGUCUCAAGAGCUCGAUUUUCAUUUAACACAAGACUUACAUUCUGUCACUUGAACAGAAGGACCACCGUUGAAAGGUUUUUUCAAGGUGCCAAAAGCCAAAGUGGAGGACAAGUUGCGGGUCGCGUGCAUCUUGACUGCUUUAUCCAAACCACACCACAGGACCAGGUUUUCUCUCCACCUGGAGGACGAGGACCACGCGAGCCGAGGUCAUGUGUCCGUAUGCUCUGAAUGUAAGGGAGGAAAUGAUGAGGAAAAUGAGGACAUUUGCUACAUUUAGGAGUAUAAUACACUAAAAGCCAUAAUAGAUGAAUACAUUUAAUCAAUAUAUGCAUACAGGCGGGUAUAAAGUAUGUGCAGUGUAUCGAGCUGGAUUUAUAAAUGUUAUGAUAGUGGCCCCCCCUCUCUCUCACACACACGUACACACACUCUCCCACUGCCGUCUUGCCUUGUACCGUGGGCUCCGUCCCUGAACUAUGAUCCAUCUCAAGUGACCUCAUUAAAAUGAUGGAAGUUGUGUGUCGAGAGACUAAAAGAACGACUGUUCAGCUCAAAGAGUUUUUUGCAGGAAAGGUGUCGGCGUCACGAUGAUCUCUCUCUCGCCCUCUGGCUUAUUUACAUUUACCCGUAGAACAAAAGUAGCUUAUUACAUCAUCCUGUCAUGGCCGCCACCCACGUGUAGCACACGUGUCUCCAUGUGCAGAUCAUCACGUCUGAGCCAAAAGAACACGUCAUUUUUCUGUUACAAAAUGCACCUUGAAAUAGUUUUGGGGGGAAAAACUAGCAUCGCACGUAUUCAGUCUCUUGCUUUUUUAAAACUCGGUCACUGCAUCUGUGGUAUCUCAGACUCGCCACACUUCCUUCUCCGUCACCUCCGUCCACUUUCCUUGAUCCUCCUCUUCCCCUACACCUGCCUUUUUCUGUUUCGGUGGUUUUUAAUCUGCAUUUUGUACUCUCCAGCUAUGUGACGUACCCCCCCUAAGACUGUUGACAUGGGGGGAAAGAGAAAAAUCAAAGACAUUUAAACACUUUCAGAGAAUAAAGUUUCAAAUUAACUCCUGAAA